AGGAAGGGGAGAGGGGGGGGGGGGGAUUGGGCUGACCCGUGUGCAUCGAAUGAAGUAUCCAAACCCAGGGCAAUCCAGGCUGUUGGCUUGCAGGGAGAGCAGUGGUUUAAUGUGACUGAAGUAGCCAAUAACCCCAGGCCCACAAGGACUGACUGAAUCCAUUAGAAUUGAAUUGAAUAAAUUGAAUUAGAGAGCAACACAAGCCAUAUGAAGUGGAAAUGGAAAGACAGGAAGAGGAGAGAGAUAUGAAAACAAACAGAGAGAAACAGAGAGAAAGAGAGACAGAGAGUUAGGGAGAGAGAGAGAGAAAGAGAGAGAGAGAAAUAGAUAAAAAGCGUCAAUGUAGAACGUAUUGUACACAUGCAUGACAACAUGCUUGUUUUUGAUAUAUGACCUCAGUCCUUACUAUGUGUGUUCAAUGGAAGUUUGACGGUCACUGUCCUUUCCUAUCCCCAUAGCAGCUAUCUCUUUGGAUGUUUCCACAGGGGUGACCACAGAGACUAGACUGUAGCAGCUUUGGCUGUACCAGAGUGUCUUAGCCUUUUUCAGUGUUUGCACGCAUUGGUUAGUGUAAACAGGACCGCAAUGGUAGUUCUGGUUGAGGCAAAGUUUGGUUGUGUUGAAAUGAAGGAUCAUGAAGACAUGAGCAUAACAUGGGUAGAAAAGGAAGGGAAAGAGGUAGUGUAGGCAGCAAAAAUACGAUCUGAGAGUAAUUCCAAUAAAAGCACGAUAGAAGUGAAGCAGUAAAGUAAGGGUGGUGUGUCAUAGAUGAAGUAUGAGGAAGGAGGGUGUGCAAAUGUGUGUGUGUGUGUUUGAGACAAAGACGAAGAGGGAGAGAGUGAGAGGGAACAGAGAGGGAAUCGAGGGAUGUGAGCAGGCAGGAGAAGUAUAAUGCUCACACUGGGAAGUGGAUAGUAAUGCCACCAUCGCAAUGAUGUUCAUUUGUAGAAUGACUCGUGUGUUUGUUGUCAUUUCUACCAGUGCCUGGACAGUCCUCUGGGUGGUGCUAAUGACUAAAAACGUCACCCUACAGUCCACAUGCAUUAAUUAACAUUUUGUUCAAGUGUAAUGGUAUUGAGUGGUUUUGUUGUAUUUGUAGAUUCCUCACACAGUCAGAUGUGGCAUUACAAACACAUCCAGGAUUGUGUUAUGGAAGCCUGUAAGGGACAACAGAGGUGCAAUUCUGGAUAAAUGUUAAAAAUAAAUUACUGUGAAACAAGAGAGUGACAAAGAGGGUUGAGCACAGGAAAAGGAGAGCACUGUUUGUUUUCAUUUGCGUACUAAGUAAAAUUGAUAUGAGAAAACUGAGAGACUGGAGGAGAAACUAGAAGCAAAAUAACGUUUUUUUGCCCGCCCCCAGGCUCUAGGUCCCUCCCGCCCUCUCUUCCUCCCAUCCUCCUCCCCCUUUCUGCUGAGUGAACAUGCAGUUGGUUUACUCCAUAGUGUCACUGGCUGUGUGAGAGGGGCCCUGUGACCAGAGGGGCGUUUAGAUCAGUUGCAGGACCCAAGAAACAGCACCUAGCGGAGGAGAGAGUAAGAGAGAGUGAAAGAGAGUACAUUGGAGAAAGCAGCACACAAAGCAGAAUACAUAGAAAGAGAAGGCGAAAGAACUGGACCAACUCCAGAAACAAAGCUGAGUCUGAGGAGGCAGUGGCAGAAACAGACAGAGGACAUCUGGAGAACACUCACCUUGACUGGGGCGCAGAUAGACCAGUUGACACGACCUGAAGCAACAGCAAGCCUGGACAGACUUGUUCGGUUCUGGUCGAGCUCCUCUUGUUUUCCUAGCUUGUAGAAUUCCUGUGAGGGGACACUGAGCUCAUUUGAGGAACAACAAGGGAGAAGAACUCUAAAGUUGCUGUAACUCAACCUCCAGUUUAGUGCGCGUUGGAGAGUAUGUUCGACUGUAUGGAGGCUCUGGGGAUGCCCCCCCGGCCCCUUUUCGAUGUGUCCAGCCAGGGCUCCUGUAUGCUGGGCAAGACAACCCCCUUCUUCCCGGGGUUGGACCCCUUUGCUUGGGCUGGGACCGCCAGUGUCCAGUCCGUGGAGACACAGAGUACCAGCUCUGAGGAGAUGAUCCCCAGCUCCCCCUCUCCUCCUCCCCCUCCGCGGAUCUACAAGCCCUGCUUCGUGUGCCAGGACAAGUCCUCUGGCUAUCACUAUGGAGUUAGCUCCUGUGAGGGCUGCAAGGGGUUCUUUCGACGCAGUAUCCAAAAGAACAUGGUGUACACAUGCCACCGGGACAAGAACUGCCAGAUCAACAAAGUGACUCGUAACCGCUGCCAAUACUGUCGGCUACAGAAGUGCUUCGAGGUCGGCAUGUCCAAAGAGGGUGAGUGCCAGAAAGGUGAAAAAAACAGGGCGGUGCGUAAUGACAGAAAUAAGAAGAAGAAGGAUGUGAAGGAGGAAGUAGUGCAACCUGAGAGCUAUGAGCUAAGUGGUGAACUGGAGGAGCUUGUAAACAAAGUGAGCAAAGCCCACAAAGAGACAUUCCCUUCACUCUGCCAGCUGGGCAAAUACACAACAAACUCAAGUGCCGACCAUAGAGUCCAGCUGGACCUGGGGCUGUGGGACAAGUUUAGUGAGCUCUCCACAAAGUGCAUCAUCAAGAUUGUGGAGUUUGCCAAACGCUUGCCUGGCUUCACCACGCUUACCAUCGCUGACCAGAUCACCCUCCUCAAAUCAGCCUGUCUGGACAUCCUGAUGCUGAGGAUCUGCACUCGCUACACCCCUGAACAGGACACCAUGACCUUCUCAGACGGGCUGACUCUCAACCGGACCCAGAUGCACAAUGCCGGCUUUGGGCCCCUCACAGACCUGGUGUUUGCUUUUGCUGGACAACUGCUGCCCCUGGAGAUGGAUGACACAGAGACAGGGCUCCUCAGCGCCAUCUGUCUCAUAUGUGGAGAUCGUAUGGAUUUGGAGGAGCCUCAGCGUGUAGACAAGCUGCAGGAGCCUCUACUGGAGGCCCUAAAGAUCUACGCCCGGCGCAGACGCCCCAACAAGCCCCACAUGUUCCCUCGGAUGCUGAUGAAGGUCACUGAUCUUCGAGGCAUCAGCACCAAGGGGGCAGAGCGGGCCAUCACACUGAAGAUGGAAAUCCCUGGCCCUAUGCCUCCCCUCAUCAGGGAAAUGCUGGAGAACCCAGAGGCCUUUGAGGACAGUAGUGACUCUGGGGACAGUGCCGCUGCAGCCCCCCCUGCCAUCCAGACCAUCAAACAAGAGAAGGAUGAGGAGAGGAGCGUGCACGAGUCAGCCUUGGAGGAAGAGGAGGAUGAGGAUGAGGACUAUGGGGAUGAAGAGAGGGAGAGAGGGGUGGACAGUGAUGGGGAACCCUGGGGCGAGGCUGCAGGGGGAUCAAAGAAAGGGAUGCCAGGGAGAGCACAGUGAGAGAGACACAAUGAUCCACUCACUUGUAUACCCCACCAACCCCCCACCAGACCCUGAUUCCCCUACACCCCCUUCCCAUUAACACCAACACCUGGCUCUCCCUCUCCUCUGCUGUCUAACCUGUCACACUAUGUUAGCCACACACACACACACACAUUUACAUGUGGUGUGUGCGACAAGACAGAAAAAAGCACUAAAUUUCACAGAAUCUCACAAUGCUGAGACAAGGGCCUUGAGACAUUACUGUGCCAAGAAUGAGGCAGACAAUUCCUUACUGUUUCCCAAUCUGGUGUUAACACGCAGAGAAACCCAUUUAAACCUGGAGCAGCAGCUUCAGUGUUGGAUAUACACAUUCUGUACUCAAGUGCAACAUGAAGAGUAAAAGAAACUUGUCUUGAGAAAUUACAUUUUUGGUUUGACAAAUAUUUUUUUCUAUCGCAUGACUCCUCCAGAACAUGUAUGCAUUGUUAUUUUUCCUAUAUUCUCGUGUGUUACUAUACCAUUGUUUGUCUUUUUUGUUAUUUUGUAUAUGUGCUUUGAUUACACUCAAGUCUAAUGAAAAAUCUCAUACUUGUAGAGUUGCAAAACAGUGGCUGAUAUCAACCUCCUGGUUGUUCUAACUGGCAAUCCUCUACCAACCUCUUGACCUAUCGGUGUGCUUGUUACUCAACGGUCCAUCAGAACGACCUGUAUCUAAAAAGCACACCAAGUAAAUCACAGGUUUUCAGACAAAGCCUUUGAGCAACAUACACACACAAACACAACAAAGGCAGAUACACACAUGCACAUUACACUGUUUACAUUAAUACAUGUGUGCAGGGUCAAUUUACCAAUGUGCUGACUCAGGGUGACUCUGUCAGGACCAAACCUCAGCAGUGAGUAUGCUCCAGAAAAAUAAUCUAUUAGUUACUGCAUCCAAAACAAUAGUCCAAAUAAAUCUCCUUGAUUAAAAAGCAAUACAGAUUGUUUGCAAUCCAAUAGAAGGAAAAGCCAUUUUUGAUCAACAUGCAAUAGAGUCUGUGUGGAUUAAUGUAUGUAUGUGUGUACACAAAUGUGUGUAUAUGUGUGUGUGUUUAUGCUUUACUUGCGUUAUAUAGAAUGUGUCUCCGACAUGUAUAUAUUUUUUCUAACCAAAGGACUUAUUUUUGUGUGUCUACAAUGGCGUCAACACAUUUUUUGGAGUUGAGAUCAGUGAUUAGCAUAAUGAGGCAAAUUCCCUGACUACAUUUGUGUCAAUCGCAAGGUUGAACUCCAAACAUGCACAACAUGGAUUUUGUGAAAUAAAAAAGUACUUUUUAUAAUAAUUUGUUAUGGAGCAAUUCUAUAUUUCUUUCUGUCACAUUUGACAAAUUGGUGCCACAGUAGAGAUUUGGUUCACUCACUUCUAUAGCUCUUAUUGAUUAAAUAUUUCACGUAGUUUUUUUAUGACAUCCAUUUCAGCCACAAGCAUUAUGGCAAUAUUCAGAAUGAGACUUACAUCGAUAAAGGAUAUAUGAACUGCCUUGGUGCCUUGGUAUAUUGAAGGCUUCUGGUCUCUUGUUACAGUUUUUCAAAUAGAUGCAGCAAACCUAUGGUUGUAAAACAAGGUACUUCACUUAAAUCUUCUAGAAUACUUUUUUCCCAUCAAAGCCUCAAGACCAUUAUUAAAUCUGAGAGUUAUAUGUAUGCAUGUAUGUCAGAGCAUCCAGGUACAGGCGACAGCGCCUGAAUUCACAUCAAACAGGUUAAUUAUUUGUUGGUGUGUGUGCGUGCGUUUAUGUGUGUGUGUGUGCUUGAAGGUGCAGACUUGUGGUUCAGAAUGCUAUUGUUGCAUUGACAGCUUAUCUGACACCAAGUUCAUCUUUUCAAUCAAGUCAUGAUUAUAGGAAUCCUAAAAGUGUUCUCCAAUGAACACUGAAAAUGUUUCAUUUGUGUAUUGUGUGUCCUUGUCAUCUUGUUUACUUUCUUUAAAUCUAAGAUGAUGUAGCAGAGAGCCAUGGAGCACUUAGCAUGACCAAGGAAGAGUAGUAGACGUAGUUUUGAACAUGUUUAUAUUUACCUGAAAGGGAACACCCUAAAUCGAUGAAAAUCUGUGCAGGUGACAAAACCUUUCAAAAACACAUUGGCCAAAACAACCAGUAUUAUAAUGAAGAAUCCCAAAUUUGUUUUGGAACGUUUUAUUAUUUUUGUCCGUUUCUAUUUCUGUAUAUGUUUUGCAUUCUAGGGUUUUUAACUAUAGGCUUAAUGUUGAUCAGCUCUUUCAAUGCCAUUAUUUGGUGGGUAGUUAAAGAGAAUAUGAAUAGUUUUUGAGAAUGUACUGCUAAACAUUUUUUUCUUAUUCCAUAAUGUUUCUUUUCCGAACUUUAAUACAGCUUUUGAUGUGUAAACAAAAACAUGGUGCAAUGUUUUUAACUCAUAAUUCAGGGGUUUCAUUGUCAGCCUGUCAGUUUGUGUAGAUGUGAACUCAUGAAUUGUCCUUCUUCGGUGGAUAACAAUAGUCAGGGCCAUCUGAUGAUUCAUUUUACGUACCAAUUACUUCAAAACAAUGGAAUGUUUGUGCCAUUUUCUUUGUUUCCAUAUUCAUCCUGUACUAUUUGAUAUUGAUUUUAUAAAGAACCUUCUUUCUAAA